UAUGUGGUCAUUUAUGCAUAUAAUUUACUUUUUCAGUCUACUAUUGCAAUUGCGGUUGCUGUUGAGAAACCUCUAGAUGCUCAUGCAUCAGAACACGGGCCUGAAGUCGAUGGAUUUAAUGAUCAUCGAACAGCACCUUUUUCAUCUGGUCCGAAGAAGAGUGAACUAAGGAUAGGGGAGUCAUCGGCCUUUUUCACGUAUGUCAAAGCAUCUAUACUGAAGAGCAACUUUGAAGGGGUUGUUAACGUUGACAACCAUGGUGCUGCUCAUGUGAGGAUGGAAGUUAUGCAUCAAGCAUGUGCUCAACAAGGGGUUAAUGACCUUCAAACACGUGAAAAUGGAGAGACCUGUGAAAGUCAAUCGCAAGAUGACUUACCCAGCAGCAGUAGUAUACCUGAUUCUCUCUCUAUGGAAAGGUCUUGUACUCCACCUGCAUCAAUGGAAGUUUCCCCGCAAAAGCACAAAGAAGAAAAUUUCCAUCACGGUGUGAUGCAUCCAAGAAAUGGGACUCAUUGUUCUGAGCAUGAAGUAUCUGGCAUGUCUUCUCAACAUACUUAUCCAUAUUAUAUUUCAGGAGUUGUUAAUCAUGUCAUGAUGCCUUCAUCUGCACAGAUGUAUCACCAGAAGAAUAUGCAGGACCUACAGAAUCAUCCUAGUGCAGCUAUGAUUGCUCAAUACAGUCAUCUUCCCCAAGGUGGUCCUCACGGACCAGGGAUGACAUCUUUCCCAUACUACCCAAUGAGUAUAUGCUUACAACCUGGUCAGGUCCCUCAACCCCAUUCAUGGCCAUCAUUUGGCAGCUCGAGUUCAUCAGAAGCAAAAUUAAGUAAAGUUGACAGGAGAGAAGCAGCACUGAUGAAGUUCAGACAGAAAAGGAAAGAGCGCUGCUUUGAUAAGAAAAUUAGGUAUGUUAACAGGAAACGACUUGCUGAAAGACGGCCUCGAGUGAGGGGACAGUUUGUCAGAAAAUUAAACAGUGCCAAUGUUGAUCUCAAUGGCCAGCCUGCAUCAAUUGACUAUGAUGAAGAUGAUGAAGAGGAUGAAGAUGAUCAGGGAGCAAGAGAUUCUUCUCCUGAGGAUGCUUGAGCAUGUCAAAAUUGCUACUCUUAACAAAAUGAAGGGUUAAAUCCAUUUCUUCCUUCACUGAUAUUGCAUUGUGAAAAGGAUUCCUUACUUUUUUGGAAAGUUCUGACUAAAGCAUCAAAUUAUUAGCAUGAGCAUGUGCACGUGCACUCAUGUAUCUGGGGUGUUCAUCCAAUAUGUACCCUGAUCUUUUACAGUUGAAACAAGCUCUUGCCUUUGCAUUAGCAGCUCACUUAAUGAUCCAUCCUUCUGAGCUAUUUCUGAAGGUAUUACCUCCUGCUGGUAAUGUCCACUGCGGCUGAGAGUAUCAUGCUUACUUUUUAUUGAAACAGUUACAAGCAGCUUGUUCCUGCUUAUUUUAUGGAGAAAUGUCAUGACAUUUUAAAAAGUUGACCUGAUAAAUGAGUUAUUUGUUUAA